GGGCAGGGACCCGAGAAGCUGUGGGGGCGUGGCCUAAAGUGAGCCCUGUCAGUGCAGCCUGAUGGUACAGCCCAGAGUUCCCACACAGCUAGACAUGGAGAAGCAGCAGGGAGACUGGGAGCUGGAGCGGCUGAACCAGGUUUGAGUGCUAGAUACAGCUGAACUACAGCCUCCAGCUUUCUAGCUGCUAGAUUAGUUCCUGGAUCUAUUGCUGAUUAUUGAAACUGACCAACUGCAGAGGAGAGUUGCAGCAAAAACAAGAUCGUAAUAUGGAACAUCUCGACCAUGAAACAGGAAAAAUCAGCAGGAAGGGAUUCUCAUGGCAGCUCAUUAUGGCUGCAGUUGUUGGGGCCCUUGGAUCUUCCUUUCUAUAUGGAUACAAUCUAUCUGUAGUAAAUGCACCAUCAGUGUAUAUACAGGAGCUUUAUAAUGAGAGCUGGUCGGCACGAUACAAUUACACUGUUAGUAGAGGCACCAUCUCUAUCUUGUGGUCUGUCACAGUCUCCAUCUUUGCCAUCGGUGGCCUUGUAGGAGCACUGAUUGUUAUUCCAAUGGUGAACUUCCUAGGAAGAAAGGGAACGAUGCUUCUGAACAAUGUUUUUGCAAUAACAGCAGCUUUGUUGAUGUCCUUAUCAAACGUAGCCGGAAUUCCUGAAAUGAUGAUACUGGGACGGUUUAUCAUGGGCAUUGAUGGCGGUAUUGCUCUCAGUACGCUCCCCAUGUACCUAAAUGAAGUUUCACCCAAGCACAUCCGCGGAUCUUUAGGACAAGUAACUGCCAUCCUAAUUUGUGUUGGAGUAUUUGUUGGGCAAGUACUGGGCCUACCCGAGUUAUUUGGAAAGGAAUCCCAGUGGCCCUGCCUGUUUGGAUUUAUUAUGAUUCCUGCACUGAUACAACUUGUGGUUCUGCCAUUUUUUCCUGAAAGCCCCCGCUAUCUCUUAUUAGAGAAACAAGACAGGAAGAGAGCAGAGAAAGCGUUCUGCAUAUUCCUCGGGAGGAACGAUGUCUCACAGGACAUUGAAGACGUCUUGGCAGAAACCAGAAUACAAAGGAAUCUCCGAUUAGUGUCUGUACCUGAACUAUUUAAGACCCGCUCGGUGAAGUGGCAGAUUAUAACUGUCAUAGUAACAAUGGCUGCUUAUCAAUUAUGCGGCCUUAAUGCGAUAUGGUUCUACACAAACAGUAUCUUCAGUGAAGCUGGAAUUCAGCCUGACAAGAUUCCAUACAUAACUCUGUCAACUGGGGGCAUAGAAAUUCUGGCGUCUGUUAUAUCUGGCAUGACCGUUGAAAGGCUUGGGAGGAGAAUUCUUUUGAUUGGAGGAUUUGGUCUGAUGACUUUGUUUUUUGGAAUACUGACUGUUUCUCUAACAUUUCAACACCACGCACCGUGGAUACCGUACAUCAGCAUUGUGUGUAUUCUUGGAGUAAUUGCAUCAUUUUGCAUUGGACCAGGUGGCAUUCCAUUUGUUCUGGUUGGUGAGUUUUUCCAGCAGUCCCAGCGGCCAGCAGCAUUUAUGAUAGCUGGCUCUGUCAACUGGAUCAGCAACUUUGCCGUUGGGCUUCUCUUUCCAUUAAUUCAGGAAGGCUUGGGCAACUAUUGCUUUCUCAUCUUCGCUGCUAUUUGCUUGGCCGGAACCCUCUACCUCUAUUUCAUUUUGCCUGAAACGAAAAACAAGACUUUCUCUGAAAUUGAUCAGGCGUUUGCCAAAAUGAAUGGAAUAUCUUCCGCAACUAAAGGAAAUGAAAUUCAUCCGACAGAAGAGACAUCUGAUGAGAUAAAGGUCUCACCUGUAUCAAACAAGGGACAGAGUCAAAUUGAACUUCAAAAGACAGAUACAACAUGUACAGUUUAGGGAAAAAAGGCUUCCAGAACCAAGUAUUUGCCAAAUGUGAAAAAGAACAGAUGUAUUGGGUGGAAGAGUGACCUGAUGGGGUUAACGUAUCCCUCGCCCUAUACCAACCUAGGAACUGUAUCAUAUUGAACUUGAAAACACAAAAUUUGCUUGGGAAAGCAACCCCCAGGUAUAUAGUCCGAGAUCUGAAGGGAUUAAGGUCUCCUCUAAACUUGAAAACAAAGAAGGAAAGUGCUGUUUAGAACAGCAGUUUAUUGCUUGGCACAACCUGAAUUUACAAGAGUGGUGCAAUGCUCUCCAAUAAAUGGAGCCAUGAAAUGAG